AUGGUCUGCUUUUUAGUACUGUUCAUGACUGCCUCUGUAAGGGGAGACACAUCUACUUGUAAGCUGUGGAGAAAAACAGAACUUCCAAUUUUCUCAAAAACUGGAGAUAUUAUAAUUGGUGGUAUGUUUAAUGUAAAUGACAUUCCCAUAGAUGUUGCCCUAACAUUUAAAGAAAUACAAGAAGAUUCGGUAUGCAAAGUUUUGAACUUCAGAGAGCUCCAGUGUGCACAAACUAUGAUUUUUGCAAUUGAAGAGAUAAAUAAUAGGACUGAUAUUCUGCCUGGCAUCAACUUGGGCUAUAAGAUUUAUGAUUCUUGCAGAGAUGUGCGUUUGGCUCUGAAAACAGCAAUGGCUUUAGUGAAUGGUCAGGAAAAUGGACAGAUGGAUGGCUGCAAUGAACAAUCGAGGGCACCUGUGAUCGUGGGCCAAACCAGUUCCUCCCCAGUAACAGGAUUCACAACAGCUCUUAGUCCUUUUAAUAUUCCAGUGAUCAGUCAUGCUGCCAGCUGUGCCUGCCUCAGCAAUAAAAUUCGCUAUCCCACAUUUUUACGAACAACACCAAGUGAUUAUUAUCAAAGCAGAGCUUUGGUGCAAUUAGUAAAACAUUUUGGUUGGACGUGGGUCGGAGCAAUAAGAAGUGAUACUGAUUAUGGCAACUAUGGUAUGGCCACAUUUGUGCAAAUUGCCCAGAAAGAGGGAGUUUGCAUUGAGUAUUCAGAGGCCAUUUACAGAACAUAUCCAAAAGAAAAAUUUAUUAAAAUUGUAGAUAUCAUUAAAAAGUCCACUUCAAAAGUGAUUGUAGCUUUUGUUUCUUUCAGUGAUCUGGAAUAUCUUCUGAAUGAGUUAUUCAAUCAGAAUGUUACUGGAUACCAGUGGAUUGGUACUGAAUCUUGGAUUUCAGCCAGAAACCCUACAUUUGUAAAAUACUACAAACUGUUGAGUGGAGCUAUUGGGACUUCCAUUAUUACCACAGAAAUCCCGGGUCAGCUGGAAUUUUUACUGAAUGUUCACCCAUCUACGAUUCCUGGAAACACUGGCCUAAAUAGUUUUUGGGAGUUCUUAUUUAACUGUUCUCUUUCUAAGCAAAAUAAUACAGAUCUUCCUGCUUGCACAGGAUCUGAGAGUUUAAGUAAUAUAAGCAAUCAGUAUACAGAUUUAUCAAACAAUGGAUAUUCCAGUAAUGCAUAUAAGGCUACCUAUGUAGUAGCCUAUGCGCUACAUAAUCUGUUAUCAUGCCAGAAUGAAAAAAGACCUACUACCAAUGAGACAUGCUCUGUCAAAAUGCCAAUUAACCCAUCGCAGCUGAUGCAGUUCUUGAAAUCCGUAAAUUUUUCAACCAGCUAUGGAGAAAAUUUUUACUUUGAUGCAAAUGGAGAUCCAGCAGCAAAAGGCAAAACAUACGAUUUGAUAAACUGGCAGCUCAACAGAGAUGGCAUGAUUGAAUUUGUAACAGUUGGCGAAUAUUAUGCAUUUUUGUCUGAGGGGAAGUUUGUGAUCAAUUAUAACAAUAUUGUCUGGGCUGUUUUCUCUCUUUAGGUGCCCAAGUCUGUAUGCAGUGAGAGCUGCCAUCCAGGCACUCGUAAGGCUGCACAGAAAGGGAGACCUAUUUGCUGCUUUGACUGCAUACCUUGUGCUGAAGGGGAAAUUAGCAACAUAUCAGAUUCUGCUGACUGUUUGAAGUGUCCAUUGGAGUACAAGGCGAAUAAACAAAAAGACCAGUGCAUUUUAAAGGAUAUUGAAUUCUUGUCAUUUGAAGAAAACAUGGGGAUAUUGCUUGUUACUUUAGCAUUGCUGGGAGCUUCUCUUACAAUUUCUAUAGCAUUUGUCUUUUACCUUAAGAGAGACACACCAAUUGUUAAAGCAAACAACUCAGAACUAAGUUUCCUUCUCCUCUUUUCAUUAACACUUUGCUUCCUGUGUUCUCUUACUUUCAUUGGUCAACCCACUGAGUGGUCUUGUAUGCUGCGCCAUACAGCUUUUGGCAUCACAUUUGUUUUAUGCAUAUCGUGUGUUCUUGGGAAAACUAUUGUGGUUUUAAUGGCCUUCAGAGCCACACUGCCAGGUAGUAAUGUCAUGAAGUGGUUUGGAGUCACACAGCAGAGAUUAAGUGUUUGUAUGUUCACAUUGAUACAAGUUAUUAUAUGUACACUUUGGUUAUCGGUAUCGCCCCCAUUCCCCAACAAAAACAUGGCACAUAUUGCAGAAAUCAUCAUUUUAGAGUGUGACCUCGGAUCCAAAACUGCAUUUUAUGCAGUUUUAGGUUAUAUAGGCUUUCUUGCUGUAUUGUGCUUUAUUCUGGCAUUUCUGGCUCGAAAACUUCCAGAUAACUUCAAUGAAGCCAAAUUCAUCACAUUUAGCAUUCUGAUAUUCUGUGCUGUUUGGAUCACUUUCAUUCCAGCAUACAUCAGCUCACCAGGGAAGUACACUGUAGCUGUAGAAAUAUUUGCAAUUCUUGCUUCCAGUUUUGGUUUGUUAUCUUGCAUUUUUUUGCCUAAGUGUUACAUUAUUUUAUUAAAACCAGAGAAGAAUACAAAGAAAAAUCUAAUGGGUAAGAUGAAGUCAAAGUAA